AUACCGAACUUCUCAUUAAAAUGUAUAUUGUAUCUGCUUCACGCACUACGAGUGAAGACUACCUAGCUGGUGUAAUAUACACACGUCGUUCUGCUAAUACUAACAGAGUGUACCUAUAUAAAAUAUAUUAUUGCAAGUACUAGUAAAUAAUUUAUAUUUAUUUUCGAUUUCCGUUUGGUCUAAACGUAGUUUUAUUGUUAUUAAUCGUUGUUGCUGUUGUUGUAAAUAAUAUUCUAACAACUUUAAUAUGUUUAUUCUUGCGUGCUCACAACUGUUGAUGAUAUUUGUCCACGCCACCAGUGGAUAUAACUACACGACUAAUUACAUAACUGUACCGGUUGAUCAUUUUAGUUACACCAAUGAUGAUACAUUUGAAUUAAAGUAUCUUAUGAAUGACACAUAUUGGGAUGUCAAUAAAGGUCCAAUACUUUUUUAUGCUGGUAACGAAGGACGAAUUGAAGAUUUUUGCGAGAACUCGGGCUUUAUGUGGGAGAUAUCAAGAGAAUUCCAGGCGUUGGUCGUGUUCGCCGAGCACCGUUACUAUGGCGAUUCCAUGCCUUACGGAAAGCAUUCGUUCGAUGACAGAGAGGCGUUGGGCUAUCUGACUUCACAGCAAGCGUUGGCCGACUUCGUAGACUUAAUAAAGUAUCUGCGUGAAGACCCACUGAGUAUUGGCAAACGUCCCAACCCGGUAUUCGCUUUAGGCGGCUCGUACGGAGGAAUGUUGGCCGCUUGGUUCCGCAUCAAGUAUCCCGCCACAGUCGAAGGAGCCAUAGCUUCGUCAGCUCCGAUAUGGCAAUUCACUGGGAUGACACCGUGCAACGAUUUCUACAAAGUGACAUCGUCGGUUUACAGAAAUGCCAGUGCUGAAUGUGGAUCGACUAUUUCAGCAUCUUGGAAAGCCAUCGAUGACGUCACCGAAUCCGAUUCUGGGAAACAGUGGUUAACGGACAACUGGAAGCUAUGUAAACCUUUAGAGGACUCCGACGACGUGGCACAGCUAAAAUCUUGGGCCACUGACGUGUAUGUAGCACUGGCCAUGGUUAACUAUCCUUAUGAGGCUAAUUUUUUGGCUCCUUUGCCGGCGAAUCCGAUCAAGGAAGUGUGCAAGUCGAUGACGAAUCACACGGAAGACGACAAGACGCUCUUGAUGUCGGUGUUUCAUGGGCUGAGCGUGUAUUUCAAUUACACCGGAUCGGCCAACUGUUUGGAUCUGUCUUCGGCGUUCUCAGACGAUAUUAUGGACGGAUGGGGUUAUCAGGCUUGCACUGAAAUGAUAAUGCCCUUAUGUACUCACGGAGGCGAGGACGAUAUAUUUGAAGCGUACCCGUGGGAUUUCGAAGGCUACGCGGACUACUGUGAAAAUCGAUACGACGUCAGACCGACUACAGACGACGUCGAAAAACAGUACGGAGGCAAAAAUCUCAAAGCAGCGUCCAACAUCAUAUUCACCAAUGGUUUAUUGGACCCGUGGUCCAGUGGCGGCGUGUUGAAGAGUCUUUCGUCGUCUGUCAGGGCGUUGUUGAUACCAGAUGGUGCGCAUCACUUGGACUUGAGGGCGUCAAAUCCCAACGACACGUCAUCCGUGAUCCAUGCAAGAAAAACCAUUAAGCACUGGAUUACAAAAUGGAUUUUUGAGUACAGAUAUCGAAAGUAAACGGACGACUAUUGGUUCGCACUCCACAGUCAAUCAUUCCAUGUCAAAACAUACUCGAGCGUUUCGAACAUGCAUAAAUUAUUAACAACCUGUACGAUAUUUCUGGUAAAAAUGUGUACAGUAAACUGCUAUGUAGAAAUAUAUAAUAUAUUAUUA